CUAUUGUGUGACCAUUUGUCGUUGUUUUUAGUUGAAAGUGCAUAAAAGAAGCUCAGCGUAAAUUUAUAAGGCAAUACAUACGUUGUAAAAUAACUAAUUACUAAACGAAAUGAAUACUAAUGUCUGCACACAGAAUGUUGAAAAAGAAAUGCAGAUAUGAAAUAAAAUAGGCUGUAUAUGUAUGCAGUUUGCUGUAUUUAUGUUGGAUCGGAGCUCACUGUUAUCAACGAUCCCAAGAUCCUCAGUCAGCGUGGCGGGUGAUUAACAGAUAAAAAGUAGACCGAUACGGAUUGGACAGUCGACAGGCGAAGUGUGGAAGAGUGGAGUGGUGGCUACUUGUUGCCGUGCGGAUCCUAAAAAGUACUCAAAAUUGAUAGAAAGAACAGAAAGGCUGCUGCAACUGGUGCCUCAGCCGGGGACCAGCCGCCGCGCAAAAAGGGACGUCGCUCAGGUGGAUCCAAUUCAGUUUCUGUCGUAGACUCGAACGCAGCGUCUACGUCAAGAGCAGCGCUACAGAGCAACAGAAGUGAAUCACAGCAACAACAGAGCCGGCAGAGCAAAAGCAAUACAGACGCCAAUAGACUGCAAUCGAAUUCCACAACGUCCCCAACGGACACCUCCAGCACACACAACUGCAACAACAACAACAACAAUAGCAAUACUAACAGUAACAACAGUAGCAGCAUAAACGACAACAACGCUUCUGGCAUGAACAUGCAGAGUACAGCGGCGUUGUCAUCCUCCACAGCACAAGGAGUAGCCGGCGGCACCUCAGACAGCGGUUCUAGCACCGCUGUGGAGCAGCCCGCUGGCAGCGACAAUGUCACCAACGACACUGGCGCUGGGGGCGACGGGGCAGCCGAUGAGGUUGCCCAACCCUCAAGUGGCCAUAGCAAUAAUACGACAAACGGCCAUGAUGUAAAGCAUAAUGGCUUCGCAACAAAUAACAAUGGCAGCAACAAUGUCGGUACGGUGGACGGUGAGAACAAUCGAGAGAAUAAUAGCAGCGGAUACAGUGGCAUACAUUUGGACAAGUCAAAUCAAGAGAUAAUACGGCUUAUUGGCCAAUAUCUGCAAGACGUCGGCCUCGAGAAGUCGGUGAAGACUUUAAUGCAGGAAUCCAACUGUUAUUUGGAGCACCCGUCGGCCACAAAGUUCAGGGAACAUGUUCUUGUUGGUGACUGGAACAAAGCCGAUGCUGAUCUUAAGGACUUGGAGCCAUUGAUCGAUAAUGGCAAAUCGUCAACGAUAAUAACGGAGAUGAAAUUCAUAUUGCUAGAGCAAAAGUACUUGGAGCAUUUGGAUGAUGGCAAUCCGUUGGAUGCAUUGCACGUUCUGCGCAGCGAACUGACGCCGCUGCAGCACAACAUUUCACGUGUUCAUCAAUUAUCCUCUUAUAUGAUGUGUGCGACCAAUCACGACCUCUACCAGCGCGCCAAAUGGGAGGGCAAGGGCAUAACAUCGCGUGCCCUUGUGAUGGAGCGUCUGCAGACAUUUAUGCCGCCAUCGGUGAUGAUGUCGCCGCGUCGCCUGCGCACGCUGCUUCAGCAGGCGGUGGAGCUGCAGAGCCAAGACUGCCCCUUUCACGAUAUGGCUUGGGAGACAAAUCUGCAGACUGUGUCGCUGUUGACGGAUCAUUGUUGCUCCACAGAUGGCUUUCCUAUGCAAACAAUACAAGUGCUGAGCGAUCAUUGUGACGAGGUCUGGUUCUGUAAGUUCUCGCCCGAUGGCCUCAAGCUGGCCACGGGCAGCAAAGAUUCCACUGUGAUCAUUUGGGAUGUAGAUCCAUACAAACUGACGCUCAAAAAUCGUCGUGUGCUCGACGGUCAAGCGCAGUUAAACGUGAGUUUCGUCAGCUGGAGUCCGGACUCAAAGCUUAUUCUAGUGGGCGGUACCGAGGACUCGCACGAGCUCUUUAUCUGGAAUGUGGACGAUGGCAAGCUGGUUGUCAAGUUCUCGCAAUCCCUCGACGAUAGCCUGGCCUGCGGCACAUUCAGCCGUGAUGGCAAUCAUUUUGUGUGCGGUGGCCAGAAAGGUCAGCUAUAUCUAUGCGAUCUGAACGGCACAUUGAUCGACUCCUGGGAGGGUGUUCGUGUGAAUAGCGUCGCCUUUCGUGCAGACAACAAAACCAUAUUAGCGGCCGAUAAUCAUUAUCGUAUAAGAGGCUACAAUUUCGACAACCCACGUUCGGACUUUGAUAUACUGCGAGAGCCACAUCCAAUUAUGACAUUCAGCAUCAAUUCGGCCGAUCGUUUGGCGUUGUUGAACGUGUCCAAUCAGGGCCUGCAUCUAUGGGAUAUCGAGGAUAAAUGUCUGGUGCGUCGUUUCCAGGGCAUACGACAAAGCAACUUUGCCAUUCACUCCUGCUUUGGCGGCGUUAACGAGAGCUUCGUGGCGAGCGGCAGCGAGGAUAAGGUUGUGUACAUUUGGCAUCUCAAGCGCGAGGAGCCGUUGGCCAAGCUGAUCGGUCACACAAAGACGGUUAACUGCGUGUCCUGGAAUCCAGUCUAUCCGUCCUUACUGGCCAGCGCUAGCGACGAUGCUACCGUUCGUAUUUGGGGCCCGAAGCCGACGGGCAGCAAUGCAACGACAGAGAGUGACGAUUGUUCAUCCAGCUCGUCGUCGUCCUCGUGGAACAUGACCUAAGCCCGCAAUUCGCUUAACGUUUUAUUUAUGUGGUGUCUGCGCAGUAGAGGUUUGCAAUAUGAAAAUGGGGUUUAUUAGUCAAAAACGAAAAGUCAGAAUCUAUAGCUAUAAACGAAUACUUGUUAAUUCUAAAGUAUAUGCAAUCGAUUUUUUACCACAA